UUAUGGUGUGUAUACUUGUGUCGCUCACAAUAUGGGGACAGUAAUCUAUCACUGGGGGGCAUCGUCUCCAAACUCCUGACUGUCAAAAUCUGAACCCCAUAACGUAAUCUGUUUGGGUUUAGGUCGGUUGGGACUAUACUUACUCACGUUACGGUAAUGGUGAGUUUAGGCAUGGCUCAGUGUGUGGGGGGUGUGUCUCUGCUGAGAAACUCCUUCAUAUAAAACGCGGAGCGACUCAUAGUUACAACAGUUGAAGGAAGAAGGAAAAAUCUAAUGAAAACAUUAGUGGCUGUUGCAUGACCAGCAGGUGUCAAUGGACUGGGCCCUUUUUGUAAUAUUGCAAGUCAUAUUUCAGCCAUCUCUCUCAGUCUUAUUCACUGUUGAGGCAGAGAGACCCACGUACACGUCAGAGUUCGGUGGCGAUGUCGUGAUGGGCUGCAGGUUUCAGCCAAAACCGUCAAAUCCUCAAGCUGACCUGAAGGUGUCCUGGCGCUGGCUCGGCAGCACCUCCCCCUGGGAAGUGUACCAGAUGAAUAAUGGGAAGGAGCACUCGGCGUCUCCGGAGUAUCAGGGCAGAGUGAGGCUUCUCACUGAGCAGCUGAAUGAGGGCUGGGCCAAGCUACAGGUCUCCAGGCUGAGGAUCAAUGACUCUGGGGUUUAUCAGUGUCUGGUGCAGACAGGAGAAGGAGCUGACUAUAAAGCCAUAACUUUGUCUGUUAUAGCACCUUAUAAAACACUGACUAAACGCAUUGUGAAAGCAGCAGAAGGGGAUAAAGUGCUGCUAACCUGCCAAUCUGAGGGAUACCCCGAGUCACCUGUUGUGUGGCAGGAUGGACGCCUGCAGAGCCUCAAGUCCAACACCACUACUGUGUCAACACCAGAACAACUUUUUAAAGUCACCAGUCAGAUACAUGUCAACUCUUCAGAUAAAGACAACUACACAUGUCACUUUUUAAAUGGUGGCCAAUCUGCAACAUUCCAUAUUCCAGAUGAAAUACCUGUUCCACAGGUGAAAAAUGAUGCCCUCAUCGUUGUGCUGAGCAUAGGACUGAUAAUGGUUGUCAUUAUCGUCGCAGUGCUCAUGUAUCGACGACGAAAAGGAUCCAACACUCCCAGCACCAGGAACCUUCUGGUUGACGGUCGGGGCGGGCCUGUUUCUGCCGUUGCCUGCUCACAAACAGAUAAAGAAAAUGAGGAAGAGAGAACUAUUUUUAAUGAAGAGCGCAUAGAGGAAAAUCUGGGGGCGAUUCUGAAAGCCCAUUAUUCUGACGUCUCCUUCAGCACAGAGGUGAGGCAUCACUCGGGCUCUUUCGACGUGGAAGAGCUGCCUCACAGGCUGCAAAACAAUGAGGGCCAGGCUAUGAAACCUCAAGCUUUACUCCCAGAAGCUGGAGAGAUACUUUUACUUCAGGGACCCCCAGGAAGCGGAAAGACAACUGUAGCCCACAUCCUGGUCUCCUCUUGGGUCGAAGGGCCCGCACAUUCCCUCGCUAAUGUCCUAGAUCUCAGCAUUCUUCGGCUUCUCUUGUACAUCGACUGCAGCGCUGCAAAGGGUGACUUGUUUCAGGAAGUAGUGACUCAACUUUCUCUCAUGGAAAAGACAUCGACAGAGGAUGAGCUGAGGACUUUGUUAACCAGGUCCAGCGACACUCUGCUGUUGCUGGAUGGGUACAGAGAGGGGAACCAGUUUUUUGAUGAGUCCCUAAAAAGGUUCCUAUGCGAAAGAGGGGGAUGCAGGGUGCUGGUUGUGACCUGCCCGGAGCAUUGCCCAACACUCAAGGAGACAAUUGGGACAAGAGGGGUACUGAAGCUCCAAACACAGACUGUUAAAUACUGAGGGCACCCACAAACACAUUAAGCACUUGUUACAUUUUUCAUAGGAUUUGUAUGAUGUUUUGUUGUUGUUUUUGUUACUGUACAAUGUCUUGUCAGAUGUUUAAUAAGCCCAAAUAUGCUGCAAAAUGUACUGAAUUCAAAGUAAUAUACUUUUAAGAGAUGCAAUAAAUUUUAGUUUUCAGUUUUUA